AAAACCCCAGCGACAAUAAAAAAAAUAGACAAACAUUUAAAAAAAAUUUACGAUAGCAUCUCUUCACACCUUCCCUAAAAUCUGCAACGUAAUUUCUGCACGCUCCAUUUCUGUGGAUAAUCGAUUAAUAAUUUUUUCAGUAUCUGGCAUCCCUAGUCGUUUCCGUUUUCGUUUUUUUUUAAAUAUUUUGCUUAAACAAAUUUUUAGAGAGUUUAGACUAAAUUUUAACAUACAUAAUAUAUUAACAUAUAGUGAAACGACAUCCUCUCCUGCCGAUUACAUCCCCCAGUUGCUGCAAAGUUCAGAGCCCCAGCAUGGAAGAAUCGCUGCAACAAUUUUUCCGCCUCUUGAAGAACCAAUCCCUGCCGCGGGAAGUGUUCAUGGAAGUGGAUUACAUCUCGAAACAACUGGAAGCGAAUCCUCUGUUGCUAACCGGAGACGUUCAAAUAAUCCUGAAACACCUGGAAAGCAAUGCCGAAAGUUUCUUCACCCCGGAGGCGCAGAAGUGCACUAUCCGGGCGGCAGGCCUGCGUCAAGAAGGCAACCGCCUGUACGAAAGGAAGCAAUUUCUCAAAAGUUUGGAGAAAUACAACGAAAGCAUCUGCAUGGCACCGAAUAAUUCGGCGAACUUGGGCAUCGGAUAUGCUAAUCGGUCGGCGGUAUACUACGAAAUGAAAAUGUACGGAUUAGCCAUCGCCAACAUUGAAUUGGCGCUAAAACAUCACUAUCCACAGCAUCUGAAACCAAAUCUUUACGACAGAGAAUUCAACUGUCGGCUAAAGCAUGAUAAAACUGACUUUUCAUGGAACCGUUCCGAAUAUGUUAGAUUGAUUGGAAUAUUCGAUGUUGUCCCGAAGCCUUCUCUCACGCACUUGGCAAAGGGAAUUGUCAAUCAGGAGCUCCCAACCGGAGAUCGCGCUAUGGUAGCAGAGAAAGAUUUUGCCGCUGGCGAAUGUAUUCUGCAGGAGAGCCCGCUGAUUGGAAGUGUUGGCUGGGAUAAACGAUUUACGCGAUGUAACUUCUGUUUUUCCGCCAACCUGUUAAAUCUGAUCCCGUGUUCCAGUUGUACAUCGGUGAUGUUCUGCAACGAACUGUGCAUGAAGGCAGGCCAAAGACAGCACCGCUUUGAGUGUGGAUCAUCGACGAACAUGAGCCGGUUUUACGAAAAGUGGAUAGGCCCCAGGCUAUUCUUCCAUGGUUUGUCGCUGUUCGAAUGCGACUUCGGAAAGAUGAUGACCUUUUGUCGAGAGAAUCGCGGAAGCGGGACCCUUUUCUCCACGCUGGAUUAUUCCAAAUACGAUCCGAAGGAAGAAUUUCGAAUGUUUUUGAGGACCAGAGUUGAACAUCCAUCGUACGAACGGCUGGGAUCAACGAUUCAGAAUUUUUUCGCCGUAUUGUUUUUUAAAAUGUAUCUAAACGUACCGUUGGUCCGAUCGCUUGUCGCUAAUAAGGCGCAGGAGAACUUUAUGUUGCAAUGUUUCCUGGACUUUAUGCACAUCACGCAAAGGUUAUUUGUGUCUCGAUCGCAUGAAGGCUUUCUGUAUCCGGUUGCCUCGGAUUUUGGACAAUCGUGCGAUCCCAAUGCGAUCGUCUUGGGAUCUGGAAGAUAUAUGCAGAUGAUUGUGUUACGUCCCAUCCGCCGUGGCGAGCAGAUCGUAAUCUCCUAUGAUGGUAAGUUGUGCUACCAACGCCGAGUGGAUUUCAACUGUCGCCUUCUUACACUGAAGUUGACUUGUAGUUGUAUUGUUUGUAACGAAUCCGCGGGGCAGCAGCUCUGGUGGGAAAAAUACAAACAGCCAUGUUCCAUCGAUCGGGAUUGCUUGUUGGCGAUGCAGCGGAUUGCAAGCAACGAAGAUUUACCGAGAGUCGAAAGAAUCAACGCAAUGCAACAAUUCGUUCAGAAACAUGGUUCAAACCAUCCACAGAAGGACUUUGCCAAAGUGGUUGAGCGGUACCGGGAUGAACUGGUUGAUUCUUUCAGGUUCCUGUCAAUGGUUACGGACUAUUGUUAUGCGACGGCAGAUUAUUGAUAUUUUUUUAGAAUAAGUGCAACAUGUGAAAAUGUUUUUUUCUAAGAUUAUUCUACAUUUGUGACGAUUUGAAUUCAGAUUAAACUAAUGCAACAUAAAAAAGAGCGUUGUGAAGGAAUUUGCGAAACAACAACCAUUGUAUUGUCUUCACUUCAUACAACCGGGGAAACGUUCCAUGAAUACUGCCCGAGUCCUCUUUAUACAACAGUGCUCCUUCCUCUAACUGGGGAAUUAAAACCUGACCGGCCUUUUUCAUGUACUGACGGGUUUUCCAUUACUUUCAAGAGAAAUAUAAAUAACUUACUUGGAACAUGCAUGCUGCCGGAGAAGUGUUAACAAAAGAACAUUGAACAAUUGGGAAGCAAUUCAAAUCCAGGAACGUUCUCACUCAAUGAAUAACUUCAGCUGGUUCACCGUUUCUGUGUAAACCGUUUAUUGGAUUCUACCAGAUAAAUUUCCUCCCUUCAACAUGACACUUCCAUGUUCUUAAUGUAUGCGUUCUUCCCUCUGUGUAUGCGCGGGAUCACUUUGUUUGCACUUCCAACGGAAAUUAUU